GUGUCUCUGUUCUUUUCUAUUAUUUCUAAUAGAAUGGUGGUCUUCACUUUACUCUCCUGCUCCUGACAGCAGCAGCUCGGGGAUUCUUUGCUUUUCCCAGAAGCGUGAUCCCUGCGCGAUUCCGUCCCCGAUCUGCCGAAGGGGGCGCGCUGGCGGCGGGACAGGGACUGAUGGCUCCCCUCCCCCUCGCCUUCCUGGGCGCCUCAGUCUCCCGGCUCCUGCCGCAGCUAUUCCGACGAAUACCCUCCGCUACCGCUACCGCUGCCGCCGCCGCCAUGUCGACCGCUAAGACCCUUAAAUCUGUGGACUACGAGGUGUUCGGCAGAGUGCAGGGUGUCUGCUUCAGAAUGUACACAGAAGGUGAAGCUAAGAAGACGGGAGUUGUUGGAUGGGUUAAGAAUACUAGCCAAGGAACAGUAACAGGCCAAGUUCAAGGACCUGAAGAUAAAGUCAACUCUAUGAAAAAUUGGCUAAGCAAAGUCGGAAGCCCCAGUUCUCGUAUUGAUCGGACGGACUUUUCCAAUGAAAAAACCAUCUCUGAACUUGACUACACCAAUUUUAGCAUCAAAUACUAGUAGAAAAAGAAAUUCUUAGAAUAAAAUUAUAAUGCUGAAGUCUCAUACUGGGUUUCAAACUGAAUCCAUAAAAGGGAAUAAUAAUGCUUUGUAUUUCCAUUUAAGAAUGGAAAUUUGUUCUAAAAAAUGUAAAACUAUGAUGUUACUAAAAAUGCCUGGCACUGAAAUAAUUUAAUUCAAAUAUUUUUAAAAGAAUGAAAGAAUUUUAAAAUGAGAAAAUACCAGUAUAAAAUGUAUAGUAUGAGUAUGUAGCUUAACUUUAGCCCAUAAAGCCUUGGAAUUGAAUGAACAUGACAAUAUGAAUAUUG